AUGUCACCAUUAGAGACGUCCACAAUGCAGUCUAAAGCUGAGCUCCACAGUUGUAGCUACAAAUAUCUCUCUUCAGCAAAUGUGGAAGAAGGACGCAAACUUCUGGACUCUAUAACCUGGCCUGAAACUCUUUCUCUGCCCAAACCGUUUUCACUGAAUUUGACGACUAGUGCAUCCAAAAGCAUGUUCACUAUUGUACCUCAAAAGGAAGGCUGGUAUGUGGGUGACAAGUUGGCGGUUACAAUCCAGAUGAAGGAUUUCUAUGGAAACCCAAAGAGGAGCGGAGGGGACUUUGUUAUCGCCAAGUUCCAGAACCAGCAGCUGGGGGCAGGUGUAGUGGGACAGGUGCAGGACCACCUCAACGGGACUUUCACUGCAGUGUUUCCUCUGCUGUGGAACGGAACGGCAAAUGUAGAGGUCAUGCUGGUGCAAACUAGUGAGUCCAUCACUGUCUUAAAACGCUUGACAGAGGAGGAGCCCGACAGGAUCUUCUUCGGCAGUGACUUCAAGUCUGGAUCGGUCAAACACAUGACCACAUGUAACGUGUGCCUGGAUAUGAACAAAGCUCCACUGUGUAACUAUACCGACCUCAACACUGGAGAGCAAUGGUUCUGCUACAAACCCCCAAAACUGAGCUGUGACACUCGUAUCAGCCACUUCAAAAAAGGAUACAGCCAGAAAACCAGCAAGGACGAAGAAGCUCUCUUCCAAAAAGGAAUCAACUUGAAUGCCCCAAUUAAGGCUGCGGGAAGUGACACUAUCAUGAUUUUGCCAAAAACAGGUGAGCCAAAUGUUGGGAGCCAAGGACCUUCCGGAUAUUAUUUCAACAACCAGUGGCAACCACUACGUGGCCCUGCAGUACGCCAGUUCAACAAUGCCUCAGUCAUCAUUGCCUGUCUCAAGGGGAAACAGUUGCAUCUGUUUGGAGACUCCACCAUCAGACAGUACUACCUUUAUAUCACAAAAACACUACCAAACCUACAGACGUUUGACAAGCACAGUUCACCACAGAGUGGCCCGGGCUUGGCGGUCGACUACGCCAAUGACAUUGUGGUGACUUUCCGCUGUCAUGGGCCUCCUCUUCGCUUUGUUUAUGUCCCUGUGUCUCAGCUGCGAUAUGUGGCUAAUGAACUGGAUGGAGUGACCGGUGGACCCAACACUGUGGUAGUGAUAGGCAUCUGGUCUCACUUUAGCACUUUUCCCAUAGAGGUCUACUAUCAGCGCCUCAUGACGAUUCGCAAAGCAGUUCUACAUUUGCUAAACCGGGCUCCAGACACUAAAGUCAUCAUCCGAAGUGGCAACAUGAAAGACCUGAACCUGUACGAGAGUCUGACUAACAGUGACUGGUACUCCCUGAAGCUGGACAAGUUGCUUCGGGCUGUGUUCAAAGAUACUGGGGUGUUCCUGUUGGAUGCUUGGGAGAUGGGACAGGCUCAUUACCUUCCCCAUAACCUCCACCCACAACCAGAAAUCAUCAAACAAAUGAUUGACGGAGUGCUGUCCUACACAUGUCCUGAACAUGGAAAGUGA